CCUUGCCCAAAACCAAUUCCUCUCGUACACACAACCGCCGCUUUUCCGUGCCGAUUGUUUUCCGCUCGACGCAAUGGGUCAGUCCCCUUCCAUGUACGUAGACAGGGAUUACUUUGCCGGUGAUCGAUUCAGCUAUUUGUCCUCACCUGAAAUGGUUUUCAGUGAUUCCGUGGAAUCGGACGAGGAAUUUGCCUCAAAUUUCGAUUAUACCGGCGAGAUUCCCGAUGAGUGCUUGGCGUACAUUUUUCAAUUCCUUGGUGCCGGCGACCGCAAGCGGUGCUCGCUGGUGUGCAAGCGCUGGCUGCGUGUGGACGGCCAGAACCGCUACCGCCUAUCGCUCGACGCGCGAUCGGAGAUCGUUGAUUCGUUGCCUUCUAUCUUCACGCGCUUCGAUUCCGUCAACAAACUCGCGCUUCGGUGCGACCGAAAAUCAAUUAGCUUAAGCGACGAGGCGUUGGUGCUGAUCUCAACUCGUUGCCCAAACCUCAGCCGCCUCAAGCUCCGCGGAUGCCGCGGAAUCACCGAUUACGGGAUGGCUGGAUUCGCUAAAAACUGCAAAAAUCUGAGGAAGCUGUCUUGUGGUUCAUGUAUGUUUGGCGCCAAGGCAUUGGACGCCGUUCUCAACUAUUGUACCAAUCUGGAGGAGCUCUGUGUGAAGCGGCUCAGAGGAUUCGAAGAUGGAGCAGAGGCAAUCGGGCCAGGAGCCGCAGCUUCAUGUUUGCAAUCAAUUUCCUUGAAGGACCUCAUGAAUGGUCAGUCAUUUGAAUCACUUAUAGUUGGAUCAAAGAAUCUUAAGAGUUUGAAAAUCAUUCGUUGUUUGGGUGAUUGGGAUAGAGUACUUGAAAUGAUUGGGAAACAAAAUGGAAAUAAUAAUUCUUUGAUGGAAAUUCACCUUGAGAGACUUCAAGCGAGUGAUUUAGGACUUGCAGCUAUAUCAAAAUGCCCUAAUAUUGAGAAUUUGCAUAUUGUGAAAACGCCGUAUUGUUCAAAUUUUGGGAUUGUUUCUGUGGCGGAACAUUGUACGCUUUUGAAGAAGCUUCACAUUGAUGGGUGGAAGAUGAAUCGGAUUGGAGAUGCGAGUUUGAUUGCUAUAGCCAAACAUUGUUCUGAUUUGCAAGAACUUGUUUUGAUUGGUGUUAGUGCUACAUAUUUGGGUCUAGGAGCAAUAGCCAGCAAUUGUUUGAAAUUGGAGAGGUUAGCUCUUUGUGGGAGUGUAACUAUUGGUGAUGCAGAGCUUGCAUGUGUUGCUGCCAAAUGUGUGUCCAUGAAGAAGCUUUGCAUCAAGGGAUGCAACAUCUCAGAUAUCGGCAUUCAAGCACUUGCUGAGGGUUGUCCCAAUUUGGUCAAGAUUAAGGUGAAGAAAUGUAAAGGAGUGAGUGGUGAAAUUGGAGAGUGGCUGCGUGAACAAAGGGAGUCAGUGAUUGUAAACAUGGACGCUUAUGACAUUGAUGGUGGUUUUGAAGCUAGUGGCAGCGAUGGUGGAGUUCAUGAAGGUGGAGUCAGGUUUCCACCAAUGAUUAAUCAAGCACAUGGUGCAGAUGCUUCAACUAGCAAUAAUGGUAUAUUUCCAUUUUUUAGGACAAAAGUUGCAUUUCUUGCAGGUAGGAAUCUAGUGGCAAGCACAUUCAGAAGGUGGUCAAAUGGUGAAAAUAGUUCUAAUCCCAAAUUGUGAAUGAUCAUAAGGGUUGAAAAGAUUACUCUUGCUCUCAUCACAUAACCUCUUGCUUUUAUAGGAUGAAUAUUUUGAUAUUUUCUGUCUUCAUUUCCUGUUUUGAUUAUUCAUUAUUUUGCAAUGUACUUGGAACCUUGGAGAUCUUGAAAGCAGCACACUGCAAAAGAAAUGGUUGAAGAUUUGUUAUUGUUGGUUGAACUAGAUGAGUUUGUGCCCAUUCCUUUUUGUUCCUCAUCACCAGGAUACUUGACAUUGCCAUUUGUGGGUUAUUUUGAUCCUUUGCUCCUGCUCCUUUGUCACAGUCACCGCAUGAUAAACAGUUCCCAAUUUUCAUGUUGCUAAUUGAUUUUUCCUCAAUAGCAGUGAUUCACACAUAGUAGAGCUGGAGCAGUUGCUCUAAUCACAUUAGUCUUUUGUGUGGAUUGUUUUAUAUAUCUGUGCUUUCCCAAUUGUCUUGGAGAUGUUUUGAUUGCAAGAACUGUAGUUUGUUAAUGCAGAGUGAUUAAUUUAUUA